AUGGCUAGCCAGGUGGCUGCUCCGGGCGUUUUGUCCCAGUCGCAAGUGAUGGCUGGACGGCCCCUUGUGGGCGCCGCCCGCCCGCGCGUCCAGGCGCCGCGCGAGCUGCGGGUAGUGAUGCAGGCCGUCGCCACCGACGCGGGCGUCAAGAAGGCCGUGCGGCCGCUGUCGCUGGAGGAUGGCGACCUGCCGAUGAACACCUUUAAGAACAAGCAGCCCUUCGUGGGGGAAGUGAUCUCCGUGGAGCGGAUCGUGGGCCCGAAGGCCACAGGGGAGACGUGCCACAUCAGGAUCAGGACGAAGGGCAAAAUGCCCUUCUGGGAGGGCCAGAGCUACGGCGUUAUACCCCCGGGAACAAAGAUCAACAGCAAGGGCAAGGAGGUUCCACUUGGCACCAGGCUGUACUCCAUCGCCUCGACCCGUUACGGUGACAGCUUCGAUGGCCAGACCACCUCCCUGUGCGUGCGCCGGGCCACCUACACAGACCCGGAGACUGGCAAGGAGGAUCCAUCAAAGAAGGGGAUCUGCUCCAACUUCCUUUGUGACGCGAAGAAGGGGACAAAAGUCAAUAUGACUGGCCCCACUGGCAAGGUGCUGCUCAUGCCUGAAGACAAGAACGCCGUUCUCAUCAUGGUCGCCACUGGAACUGGCAUCGCCCCCUAUCGUGCCUUCUGGCGCCGUGCAUUCAUUGAGAACGUGCCCCAAUACAAAUACACAGGUCUGCAGUGGCUGUUCAUGGGAUGUGCCAACAGCGAUGCCAAACUGUACGAUGAUGAAAUCCAGACAUGUGUCCAGAACUUCCCUGACCAGUUCAGAGUAGACUAUGCGCUCUCUCGGGAGCAGCAGAACAAGAGUGGCGGCAAGAUGUACAUCCAGGACAGGAUUGAGGAGUACUCAGAUCAAAUCUUUGACCUGCUGGCGGAUGGUGCCCACAUCUACUUCUGCGGACUGAAAGGGAUGAUGCCAGGCAUCACGGAUAUGUUGCAGCGAGUUGCCAAGAAGAGGGGUCUGAACUUCGACACCUGGUUGAAGGACCUCAAGGAGGCUGGCACGUGGCAUGUGGAGGUGUACUAG